AAUUAUUUUUCAGUAAAUGGAUAACAUAUUUAUAAAAGAGGAAAUAAUCAAGCAACUUGUAACUUAUUCUUUUAAAGAAGAAAAAACAAGACUAUCAUCUGAUGCAUUAACAUUAUGUACAAAACUUGUUCAUUAUUUUAUUAUGGAGGCAAUAGACAGAUCAAGGUUUCAAUCAGAAAAUGAAGAAGUUAAUGUUAUUGACAUUGAGCAGUUUGAAAAAAUUCUACCUCAGCUUCUUCUAGAUUUUUAAAAUAUUAAAUAGUUUGAUUAAUUUUUCCUCAGCUUGUUUUGGAAUCCUUGAAUAACUUGAAAUUUUAUGUAUUUUUUUUUUAAUAAAAGAAUUUAUAAGUAAAAUGAGCAGUUUUUUAUAUUAAAUUUUGAAAACUUACAAUAUCUGUUUUGUACCUAAUAUAAAAGUUUAUAGUUUUGUUUUUAAUUUCUGGAAUUUUUAUUGCGGACAUUUAGGAUUUAUAGAUAAGAAAUGUAAAAGAUGUUGAACAAAAGGUGAAAAUGACUGAAGAAGUGUUGCAAGGCUUUAAUUGGUAUCAUAAUACAAUUAGUCGUGAAGAAGCACAAACACUUUUGAAUGGAUGCAAACUUGGAAGCUUUUUGGUACGAAGAAGGAAAGGUGUUUCUAAUGAAUAUGUUUUGUCAGUUAGUGAAAAGCAAAAGAUUUCACAUUAUAUUAUCAUGGAUGUAAAUGGAAUGUAUUUCAAGAUAGGUGAACAAAGAUUUGCAGAUAUUGCAUCAAUAAUUGAAUUUUACAAGCAACACACAAUAGAUACAACUAUGCUUACUGAUCCGGUUAUAAAGAUUGGCGAGACUGCAAAGAACCAACCGUUAAAAAUGCAACUUGUUAAAGUCAGGGCAAAAUUUAAUUUUCCUGGAAAUGAUCCAGAAGACUUGCCAUUUCAUAAAGGAGAUAUAUUAACAAUCAUUCGUCGUGAAGAAGAUAAGUGGUGGUUAGCUCGUGAUAAUGCUGGACGUGAGGGAAUGAUCCCUGUUCCUUAUAUAGAAUUAAUAAAGCCUGCUUCAGCUGUUGAGCGGUCCGUUAAAAAUGAUUCACAUUCACCUGUCAAACCACAGAAUUAUGCCCAACCAAAACAAUAUACAACAGAUCAAAAGGUUUCACGAAUACCUAACAGCCAUACUGGACCAUUAAUUGCAGUUGCAAUCAAAGAUAGAGAGCCAAAUUUUUAUGAUGAAACGUUGUUGGGUUUCAAAAAAGGAGAUAAAAUUGAAGUAUUGAAGACAAGCGAAGACGGUUCUUGGGAGGGAAAAAAUCUAUCAAACUUAAAAGUUGGCUUUUUUCCGUUCAAUCAUGUUCGUUUACUUGUUGAUCAAUAGCUGUGUUGUUUUUUUAGUUUUAUAUCCACUUUUGGUAAAGUUUUUGUAACCAUUUUGGUAAAUUUUUUAAAGAUUUUUUUUAUUAAAUAGUCCCUAGUCAACUUUCUAUUUAUUAUCACACACUAACAAAACAGAUAUACUACUAUCCAUUAGGUAUUUUUAAUACAAAUUUUUUUUUUUUUUUACAGUUUUAAAAAUUAUUUUCAUGACAGAAUAUUUUUUAUUGUUAAAUUAUUUUGUUUUUUUUAUUAGUUAAAGUUUAAGUUGUUAUUUUUAUUGACGGUGUUUGUGUAAAUAGGUAUUGUUCAAUAUGGUAAUAUUGAAUGACUUAUAUCAAUCAAACUUGUAUAUAAAAAAAUUGCAGUUUAUUUUUAUAAAAAUACCUUAUAUCGCUUAGCUCGUUAAAGCAUUUUUAUUCUGCAAUAAAACCUGAUUUAACACUUUAAUCCAAAUUUUAUGUCUUCGUCAUGGUUAUAUAUAUGGGUUCAUAACUGUUGACAAAAAUUUGGCACAAAGUAAACGCAUUCACCCUGAUGACAAUAAUUUGGCACAAAAUAAACGCAAGUAGUAAAAAAAUGUUUAACGAACGAAACUCCAGUAUUAGAAGUAUUUUUUAUUUGUAUUUUUAAAUGUGAAAUACAACCCAUCAUAAAUGACA